UUGAACUUUCAGCUUCUAUUUCUUUGCAAUUUUUAAAGUUUUAUUAGUGUCCUAAAAAUGAAAGAAAAUUUCGUUUAUUUCACAUUUAUGAUUUCAUUUGUAAUAUUUGUAUUUUGGACAAAUUCUGUAAAAGCUAAAGGAACACAACAUGUAACAUGUGGUUCUGUCUUAAAAUUAAUGAAUGUAAAUUAUAAAGUAAGAUUACAUUCCCAUGACAUAAAAUAUGGGAGUGGUAGUGGCCAACAAUCAGUAACAGGGACUACAGCGAAAGAAGAUGGAAAUUCUUAUUGGCUUGUAAAGGCUGGAACAAAGAAUCAGUGUACUAGAGGUGCUCCAAUUGAAUGUGGAAAUAUUAUAAGACUAGAACAUAUAGCAACAAAAAAAAAUCUCCAUUCCCAUCGUGUUGUUUCAAUACUUAGUGGUAAACAAGAAAUAUCUGCUUAUGGUAAUCAUAAGGGAGAAGGUGAUGAUGGUGAUAAUUGGCUUUUGAAAUGUGAUAGUGACUUUUGGAGAAGAAAUGAAACUAUUAUGUUAAAACAUGUAGAUACAGACACAUAUUUAGCAGUAAGUGGAAUAACUUAUAAUAAUCCCAUUAGCGGUCAGAUUGAAGUGGUAGGUGAUUAUUAUUCUAAUUCUCCUCAUGUUCAAUGGAUAACAACAGAAGGAAUAUUUAUUCAUCCUAACGAUUUCGAAGCCCAACAUCAUGCACAUACAGAACUGUAA